AUGGGCCAUGCGCACUCCAAGACGGGCACGCGGCAGACUGAGACGGCUGCCCUGGUGCGAACAAUACAGCGCAACCAGUUCUUCACCAUCGACGAGUCGCAGUUGCUGAGAGAAGUCCAUGAAGGAUUCGGACCGGAACUAGAGCGCCUGAAACAUGCUGCAGUCCAGGAAAGCCAUGCGAAUGGCCACUCGGAAAUUGUUCAGAGUCCUUCCAGUAGAAUUUUUGGCCGAGAGUACGGUGAGGUUAAUCGCACACUAACAGGCUUGCUGUGCCUGAGAUGGAUCUACAACGACGAAUACGACAUUUUCACAGCAUGCCAGCCAGCGAGCCGUCGACUGUGUCGACAGUCAUUUGCCUGGCUCCGUGACCAUUUUCGAGGACAUCUCCAGACGCCUGAAGCCAUACUGCUCCUAGUAGUGUCGAUGAUCAUCAACGACCUUGGCAAAGAUCCCAAUCUCAAACGAGACGUUGCAGCGCACCUCACACAGACCGGGGGAUCGAUAGCCGACCAGAAUCAUGACUCCCUUCUCUAUGAGGCAGCUGUCAUUCCCGGCAUGAUCCCAUGCCUCAGCUACCUCGAUAACUCCCAACAGAAAGACCUAAUCCUCGGCCUCGAGCUAGGCUCUGAACUCAAUGCCGGCCAACUAGCGCAAGCCGAAAACGUGCCCAUCAACCUCGAAUUUCUCCGCGAGCUCCAAGGCCGCGAACACGCGUUCGAACUAAAAUUCAUGGAGCAGAUCCUCGACGUAGCCGGAGCUCGCGGCCACAUCAACUCCAAUGGCUCCAUCAACCUGAUCCAACCCGUCUUCGAAGCGUUCAAGACCGUCCACGACGUCUCUCUCGAAAUCAUCCGCAAGAACAUGCCGUUGCGCGACGCAUACGACCUCGUGCUCAAACGUCGUGGCAAAUUGCUCGUCAACACAGGUUUCCGCAAUCUAAAUGUCGACAACGACUCCGACCGCGCCCUCCUCCGCUUGCUGACUAUGGGCCGCACGGUCGAGAAAGAUCAAGCGGAGCUCUUCGCCACGGCCUUCGAGAAACUCGAAGAGCCCAAACGCCACAGCUUGAUCGCCGGACUAAACGUCGAUGGAAACGUCAACGAACAAGCCGUCCUGCCAUACUACAUGCCCGCUGCGAUCGCCAACUUACUCGAUAAGACCCGCAACUGCACCGCGCUGGAACGCCAGCAGGCGCUCACGAGUCUGUGGCGGUAUCUGGCGAAAGUGUUUGAGCAGAGCCCGAAAGUGCAGUUUAAUGGCGUCACUACUCCGGCGGACGAGCCGGGUAGUGUCCCUGGGAUUGUGAUUGAGCAUAACAUGGAGAAGGUAUUGGAUGUCAUCAAUGCGGAAGGGUUUGAGGCUGAUCCGGACGCGUUCUUGGAUGGGCUGGAGAUUCCGGUUGGACAACAGUUGUUGAGGAGAAGGACGAGUCAUAGUCUGGCUAGUGGUGGAAGCAGUGAGGGUGGGAGUAGUGGUGUUGGGGGGAAACCGAGCCGCACAGGGACGGGACUGAGUGCGUUGAGUAUUAAGGAGUGA